AUGAAGCACGUAUUAGAACAUCGAAGAAUAAAUAAUAUAAAUAAUAAUAUUCUCUUCCCCAGAGCAUUGAGAUUACAACAACACCAAACCAACCGAGAGAGAAAUUCUCAGAUUAUUUCCAGAAAUGAAAUGUUAAGUCACAAAGUUAAAAUUUUUGCUAAUCUUUUAAAGUCAUUGUCAAUAGCUCAUAAAGAACUAAUACAACUGCCAAGACGAGACUAUCAAAUCUGUUAG